AUGCUAACUCAUGAAAUCCGAAGCACUCUUGAUAGACAUACUAUUCUAAAGACUACAUUGGUUGAGCUAGGAAGAACAUUGGCCUUAGAAGAGUGUGCAUUAUGGAUGCCAACACGUACUGGAGUAGAGCUUCAACUUUCUUACACUCUACGUCAUCAAAAUCCAGUUGGACUGACUGUACCUAUACAACUUCCUGUAAUCAACCAAGUUUUCAGUACAAACCGUGCCGUACAAAUAUCACCAAAUUCUCCUGUUGCAAAACUUCGACCUACUGGGAAAUACAUGCCUGGUGAGGUGGUUGCUGUCAGGGUUCCGCUUCUGCAUCUCUCAAACUUUCAGAUUAAUGAUUGGCCUGAACUUUCAACAAAGCGCUAUGCUUUAAUGGUUUUGAUGCUUCCUUCAGACAGUGCAAGACAAUGGCAUGUCCAUGAGCUGGAACUUGUUGAAGUGGUAGCUGAUCAGGUUGCUGUUGCUCUCUCACAUGCUGCAAUUUUAGAAGAAUCGAUGAGGGCUAGGGAUCUUCUUAUGGAGCAGAAUGUGGCUCUUGAUCUGGCAAGAAGAGAAGCUGAAAUGGCUGUUCGUGCACGUAAUGAUUUCUUGGCUGUUAUGAAUCAUGAAAUGAGAACUCCCAUGCAUGCGAUAAUUGCACUUUCUUCGUUGCUGCAAGAAACUGAUCUAACUCCGGAGCAACGUCUGAUGGUUGAAACAAUCCUCAAGAGCAGCAAUCUUUUAGCGACACUGAUCAAUGAUGUCUUGGAUCUUUCAAGGCUAGAGGAUGGAAGUCUUCAACUUGA